AGAGAAACCACAAUCUAACAAGUCAAAGCCCACCACCACAAAGCACAAAAAUUACUAGCUAUUAUCUCAGACAGAGAGAGAGAGAGAGAGGGAGAGGGAGAGAGAGAGAGAGAGGGAGGAAAAUAAAAAUACCUUUCCCUUUCUGGAUUCUGAAUUUUCAAGCUGUCAUUGAUUGAAUCCCUAUAUUUCCGGUUAUGGAGUCGCCGGAGAACCUCGCCGUCGCGUUUGAAUCGGCCGAGAAGAUCAUCCUUCGGUGGGACUCUACGGCGUCGGAGGACGCCAGAGAACGCAUGAUCUUCAACGGUGACCGCCACGAGAUCGAUCGCUACUUGCAGGCCGUCGACGAGAUUCAGCGCUCUAUGGAGUCGGCGACGAUCGACGACCAGAACAAAGCCAACACGGCGAUCCAGAUCGCCAUGGCUCGACUCGAAGACGAGUUUCGCACCAUCUUGAUCGCUAAUACCAAUCCGAUCGAGACCGAUUCGCUCGUCGAUCCAGGUUCUUCGACUCACUCGAGCACGAGAACUGAGAGGACUGAUAGUCGUGUUAGUGAAUCACAGGAUGACGACUAUCUCGAUGACGAAUCGGUGAAUAAGGAAGAAGAACCACUUCAAAGAGGAGAGAGCAGUACUAGCAGCUGCAAGUUUGGAUCUACGAGUAGUAUACGCGAGCUCGAUCUGAUACCUGGCGAAGCAAUUUUCGAUCUUCGAAGCAUUGCAGAGAGGAUGAUCUCUGCUGGAUAUCUCCGGGAGUGUGUCCAGGUGUACGGUAGUGUGAGAAAGUCUGCAAUGGAUUCCAUCUUUCGUCAGCUAGGGAUCGAGAAGCUGAGCAUUGGUGAUAUCCAGAGGUUGGAGUGGGAAACGUUGGAGACGAAGAUCAGACGGUGGAUACGAGCCGCGAGGGUUUGUGUUCGGAUACUAUUUGCUAGUGAGAAGAGACUCUGUGAGCAAAUCUUUGAAGAUUUAGGAACGGCCACUGAUGAUGCGUGUUUCAUGGAGACUGUUAAAGGUCCAGCAAUUCAGCUCUUUAAUUUUGCAGAAGCUAUAAGUAUCAGUCGUCGGUCGCCUGAGAAGUUGUUCAAGAUCUUAGACCUACACGAUGCGUUAUCGGAUUUAUUGCCUGAUAUUGAUGUUGUUUUCCAGUCAAAAUCAUCGGAAUCCAUUCGAGUUCAGGCGGCUGAGAUACUGUCUCGGCUGGCGGAGGCGGCCAGAGGGAUAUUAUCGGAGUUUGAGAACGCGGUGCUUCGCGAGCCGUCAAGAAUUCCGGUUCCUGGUGGUACAGUUCAUCCUUUGACUAGGUAUGUGAUGAAUUAUAUAAGUCUGAUAUCUGAUUACAAGCAAACCCUCAUUGAAUUGAUUGUGUCUAAGCCCUCAACUGGUUCAAGAUAUUCCGGUGAUCUGACUACGCCGGAUAUGGAAUUCGUUGAUCAGCUAGAGGAGCAAACUCCCUUGGCACUCCAUUUGAUUUGGAUCAUAGUGAUUUUACAAUUCAAUUUGGAGGGUAAGUCCAAACACUACAAAGAUAACUCUUUGGCUCAUUUGUUCAUUAUGAACAAUGUUCACUACAUUGUUCAGAAGAUCAAAGGGUCUACGGAGUUAAGAGAGAUGAUUGGAGACGAUUAUCUGAGGAGGUUAACGGGGAAAUUCAGGCAGGCAGCGACGAGCUACCAGAGAGCAACUUGGGUGAGGGUGUUGUAUUGUUUGAGAGAUGAGGGGCUACAUGUGAGUGGCAGUUUCUCAUCUGGGGUGUCAAAGAGUGCUUUGAGAGAGAGGUUCAAGGCCUUCAAUACUAUGUUUGAGGAGGUUCACAGGACUCAGGCGCAAUGGUUGAUACCGGAUACACAGCUUCGAGAGGAGCUUCGUAUAUCCAUAUCGGAGAAGUUGAUCCCAGCUUACAGGUCAUUUCUUGGCCGUUUCAGGAGUCAUAUAGAGAGUGGAAGGCAUCCAGAGACGUACAUCAAGUAUUCUGUCGAGGAUUUAGAGACUGCAGUCUUGGAUUUCUUCGAGGGGUACCCUGUUUCGCAGCACCUGAGGAGGAGAACUCAGUGAAGGAGUGGGCGCUCAUUGGAAUCAACUUUACAAGUUAGAACCUAGGAAAGACAUUCUUUGAAUUUUUUACGGAGUGUUUUGGAGAUGUGGUUCUGGUCAUUCUGGGCUUUCCUGAGCUCUCGAAUUCUAUAUCACAAGCUGAUAUUCAGUGGACAUUGGAAGCGGACAUUGGAAGAUUUUAAGUGAUGGGAGAGAUCAGGUGUAACUCUCUAGAAUAGCCGAAGUCCUUCAGCCUAAAUGCUUCAGCUCUUGGUAAAUACAGAUAUCUAGUUGCUUUGAUGGCCUUGGCCCCAGAACAUUCUUCAGAUGUAGGCACCUAUGUCCACCUUCUAGCAGGUUACAAAGCUGGAUGUUUCAUUAUCUGAUCAGAAACUGCCCACUGCUGGAAAAAUUUAAUACAACCAGCCUUACUUAGAUACGAAACCGUACACGAAUACGAAUUGUAGCGUACGCCAACCUUACAAAUGGAGCUGUUAGACCAGAGAUGAAUUGAGCAGAAGACUUUUCCAAGUUAAGAAACCUAUAACAAUUAAGAAGUUGAGUACGUUGAUUUUUUGAAUUGCUGUACUCAGAACUUCCCCUUUGAAGAUUCAAACCAAGUGGGGACGAAGUAGGGUCUUUUUCAACUUAAUAUUUGUAAUUUUGGUCAAUAUUGUGAGUCAAACAAAGCUUCUUCUGUGGUCCAGUAUUUGAUUGUGAGGUAAUUAUUGGAGGGGGAUGAUAAGUGGUUAAAAUCUCUUCAUGUAGAAGAAAAUUUACCAUGUGGUGGUAGUAUAAAUGUUUUUUUUCUAUCACCAAAACAUGAAUCGAUUGGGACUGCGGUGUCUCAAUCUGUUUUUAGAAUGUAAGGGACAUAAGUGCUCAUUUAUAUGCAUGAAGCAUGUGGGAAUAGAAUGUUGGAAAACGUUU